GUAGUACACUUGCGUCCCAUUGCAAGCAGGUCCCUUCUGCUAACAGGGCGCUAGUGAGUUACCUACUGUGAGUGACAGCGCUCGCCUCUGGAGGAAAGGGAGCGACGCAAAACGGCAGUUCUCGCGACUGUGCACCUAAACCAACUUUAACCAUGCAAUAGGCUGUUUGGUACGUGCCCCGCCCCAACUCAAUUUUCCCUAUUUAUUUGGAGAAGCUCUGUGGCUUAAACAACACAGUUUUUUUAUUUUUGAACAAUGAGUUCUUACAACGUGUCACUCGCUGGACCUGCGCCUUGGGGUUUCCGGUUGCAAGGAGGCAAGGACUUCAACAUGCCUCUCACCGUUUCUAAGGUUACACCUGGGAGCAAGGCAGCCUCAAGCAACCUGAAUCUGGGUGACAUCAUCGUGGCUAUUGAUGGGGUCAGCACAGAGGGGAUGACACACCUGGAAGCUCAAAACAAGAUCAAGUCCGCCAAGUUCAAUCUGGCCCUCACCAUGCAAAAGUCAAAGCGCCCCAUCCCAGUAUCCAUGUCUAUACCAAAGAUCAACUCUCCUAUGCCUAUGAUCGCCCAUCAGAAGGAUCAGCCCGUGCAAUUGAACGGGGGUCUCUCAGCGUCUUCUGAGACUAUCUGCUCAAGCAAAAACACCAACCUGUCCUAUAGCAUGAGCAGUAGUGGGGAGGCAUCUUUAUCUCAUUUAGCUGCUUCCGGAGACAAAUCUACAUCCAUGCAAAAAAGGCAGCAGUAUAACUCCCCCAUUGGUCUGUAUUCUGCCGAGACACUAAGAGAGAUGGCCAUGCUACAGGAGAGGGCUAAGAGCUUGGGGUCAGGCAUGCCUAGUGGUAGUCCUGCUGAGCAUGCUCCAGCGUCCAUCAGCCUUGCACCUGCUUGUUCGCCUACUUUUGCUGCUUCGUCCAGAGAGCUCCUUUUGGGGCCAGAGAUAGCCAAUCAGGCACAUGAACAGAUUCCUGAGCAACCCUCUGUGGACAGCUUCAGCAUGCAGACUUCUAGCGGUUACCAAUCCCACUACAAAACUGCCAUCUCCAGUUCCUACACCCAGCAGCAUCCACAUGUGCAGCCCCCACCCAUGCAGCAGCCAAUGCACAUGCAGCAGCCAAUGCACAUGCAGCAGUCAAUGCACAUGCAGCAGCCACUGCACAUGCAGCAGCCACCACAAAUGCAGCACAGCUCUAUCCAGAUCCCUGUUGGUCCACCUCCACCUAAAGUGGUCAGCACUGCCACCAUUGUACCCACAGCUUACCAUGCUGCCCCAGCACCAGCUCCAACGAUGGUUCACAAGCCUGCUCCACCUCCACCUGCUCCAGCUUCAGGCUCUUCUUCCAACAGACCCCCUUGGGUUACUGAUGAUAGUUUUGCCCAUAAAUUUGACCCUAGCAAACAAACCACAACAACUAUUAAAGUGCAGCCUCUUCCCCAGGCUGCCCCACCCCCUCCAGCCUACAACCCUAAUCCCGUCCCUUCUUCCGCUCCGGCUCCUGCUCCAGCUGCUCCAAGCCCUGCCUUUAACCCUGCCCCCUUCCUACCUGUGGCCCGUGGAGUUGCUCAGAGGGCGGAGCGGUUUGCAGCCAGCAACAGAACACCUCUGUGUGGAGCCUGCAACAGCGUCAUCAGAGGACCUUUCCUGGUAGCACUGGGUCGCUCUUGGCAUCCAGAGGAGUUCAACUGCCAUUAUUGCCACACGUCUCUGGCUGAUGUCAGCUUUGUGGAGGAGCAGAACAGUGUUUACUGUGAGAACUGCUAUGGAGAGUUCUUUGCACCCACCUGUGCUCGCUGCAACACCAAGAUCAUGGGAGAAGUGAUGCAUGCACUGAGACAGACCUGGCAUACCACUUGUUUCGUAUGCGCUGCUUGUGGAAAGCCCUUUGGAAACAGCCUCUUUCAUAUGGAGGAUGGGGAACCCUAUUGUGAGAAAGAUUACAUUGCUCUCUUCAGCACAAAAUGCCAUGGAUGUGACUUCCCAGUUGAGGCAGGAGACAAAUUCAUCGAAGCUCUUGGCCAUACAUGGCAUGAUACUUGCUUUGUUUGUGCGGUGUGCAAUGUGAACCUGGAAGGACAACCUUUCUACUCCAAGAAGGACAAGCCUUUAUGCAAGAAGCAUGCCCAUGCCAUCAAUGUGUAGAUGCUUUAAUGGUGCAAAUAAGUUGUCUGUGAAGGAACUAAAUGCAAUUACAUAACAUAUCUCAAAGCAGAUGUUCUAUGGCAAGACAUCAGUGCCAAUCCAAAUUAAAUAGAAAAUAUUUAAAUGACUGAAUUAUACACAUACUAGGUGUUCUGAUACAAUGCACAUUGUUUUGUACAAAUUAAAGCCUAAUGUGCACAUAAAGUAUUAGUUAUUUUAAGCCUAAUACAUUUUUUGUUCUUGGGUGCCUGGAAUUCAUUAUUGAUUUGAUAUAACAUCACAUUUACUUUUUUUAGAUUAGUGGCUAAAACUUUGAUUUGAUUUAGACAACGCAUUUUAUGCCUUAAGCCCUAAAGAAAUCUUAAUUGUGCUACUUUUAAUUGCUUUACAAUUUGUUUUCACACACAAUUAUGCAAAGCAGUCACAAUUGGUGUUUUAAUGUUAAUUUUUAAAUGAAUGUGUUUUUAUGUGCAUUAAUCUGUUUCACUGGUUUUGAGUAAUGUGUGAAAGAUAACAUUAGUUUAUUUUUGCUGGUCAGUUAACUUAAAGGUCAUAAUGUUGGUGUAAAACACAGUCAUGACAGCUGACCACAGAAUGUGAAUCCUCAGAGUAUGCAAAACUAUUGCUGUAUGAUUUUUUACCCUGUGAUGCUCUGCAGAGUACUGAAGCUGUUUUUGUUUUGCCUGGUUACUUUUGAUUGUUUGUUGUUCUGUUAACUCAAUAUUUAGAUAAUAUUUGCAAAUUAUGUAUUAAUUUAAAAUAGCAUAGAUUAUUGUUUUCUUUGCCAAGAAUGAGGAAUUCAUCAUUUAAUUGCAAAUUAUAAGACAAGACCAGUUUUAGCACAAACUGGUAUUUUUAUCUGUCAGCUGAAAAAGUUCAAGUUGUUUUCCUAUGCAUUAACGAUAACAAAUGUAUUAACUGAGAAUUUAUUGGUAUUCUCUUUGGGUAGAUGCUACUCAGCUCUGAGGUGCAACCUUGAGAUUACAGUUAUUAUUAUAUUACAGUUAUUAUUUUAUGCCACUUAGCUAUCACACCAGUGUCACGUAGUAAAAUUGUAGACACUCAUAUUUUUCUUCAGCCUGUGUGGUAUUUUUAUGUAUUCAAUUCUUGAACUUGAGCAAAAUAACUUGUUGUUUCAUUUAUGAAUUUGUCCUUGAUGUUUCAGUACAAGUUAUUUUCACUGCCAUAUUCUGAGUUUAUUCUAACAUACCACAAAAGUUUGUAGGACUACUUUAGAUUUCAUGUUGUCAGCAGUUAGGUAUAUCACAUAUAUGCCUCUCUUAAAUUUAAUUUACAUUUUUACCUUUUUUUACAGUAGAUGAUUAAUUUACAUAAAAAUUACAUUUAUUACAGACUUGGUAGGAAUUUUAUAAUUUUAGCAUGGUUCAGAAACAGGCCUUUUUCUUUGUGUAAUUUAAUGCAAUUGAAUGUAAAAGUUAUUUACAUAUCUAUUAAUUACAUAAUUUUGAAGAAACAUGCAUAUUUUCAUGAAUUUGCAAAUCAUUACUUUCAUGCAUCAAGAUGAACCCCCACAACUUGAAGUUGUGGAGUUUGUGUUAAAAAAGUGACUUUAAUGCAUUCUUCAUUCUCUCUGGAUAUUAGAAUCGGCUCUACAAAAUAUUGUUGUUACUUUUAUGAUCAAUAUAGCUGUAAAAUCGACUAAGUUUCUUAAGAGGAGAAAAUGUAAGUAGGACUGGUAGUGUUAUAUUUAAUAUUUUUAUGAAUUUGGGGGUUAGUACCACAUAGCCUACCUGUAAUGAUAUGUCCAAAGUUGUAUUUGCAUUAGUUUAAUCAUGAUUGGUAAAAGUAUUAAGUUGCUUCAUACUAUAAAGAAAAUUACAAAUAA